AUGGUGGCAGAAGGGGAAAGCAACUCAAAGCAAUUUACCGAGUCGUCAAAAGUCAACGAGCUCACUUCCACAGGCAAUGGUCUAGCAUCAACGCCGAAGCGACCUGGCAACUCACGGACUCGGUGGAUAAUUGGCGCAAUUGUCGUCGCUGUUAUUAUCGCGUUAGCACUUGGUCUUGGACUGGGGUUAGGUCUGAAGAACAACUCAACUUCCUCUGCUACGGAAUCUGCGCAGCCAGUCGUAACCCCUUUACCUGGCACCGCCGGCAGUGCGUCUACAAAGAGCUACUUUGAAGAGUGGAGGCUGGACCCCAAAACCUACAUACUUGACCCAAGCUGGGACAUCAACGAGGCUCCAAGGACCAGGCACUAUGACCUGGUUAUUACAGAAGGGCAGGGUUGGCCAGAUGGAGUUGUGCGGGAUAUGCUGUUCAUCAACGGGAAGUUCCCAGGCCCUCUCAUCGAGGCCAACCGAGGUGAUCGACUCAUCGUCAACGUCACCAACCUGCUCCGCGAGAACUCUACGACCAUGCACUGGCACGGCCAAUAUCAGAACGGCACAAACUGGUUUGACGGAACAACUGGUGUUACUCAGUGCGGCAUUCCCGCAGGCCAGUCAUUCAUCUAUAACUUCACAGUGGACAACCAAUUCGGCACUUACUGGUACCACUCUCACUACAGCACCCAGUAUCUUGACGGCAUCGUUGGUCCGUUGAUCAUACACGCCCCUGAGGAAGCCGCCGUGCGCCAGCUCUACGAUCAAGACCGCAUAGUCUUGGUCCAAGACUGGUAUCACGACUUCAGCACGGUCAACCUUGGGAGGUAUCUCGUGCCUGAUAACGAAAACAGCGAGCCGGUUCCGGAUAAUGGGCUCAUUAACGGCUGGAACUACUUUAACUGUUCUUUAUAUGAUCCAGACUCAGGCUACACAUGCUACGACAACAGCACCUACACCGUCUUCACGCUAGAUCCGAACACGCGCACCCGCUUCCGCUUCAUCAACACAGGCGCCUUCGCCGAAUUCGAGCUUAGCUUCGACAACCACACCCUAUCCGUCAUCGAAGCCGACGGGACCCUGGUCAACCCGCACCCCGUGCACCGGCUGCCGAUCCACGUAGGCCAGCGCUACAGCGCCAUCCUCACCACCAAUCAGAGCACCGCCACCAACUACUGGCUGCGCGCCGCCAUGGUCACCUUUUGCUUCACGAUCGACAACGCCGUGCUCGACCCCACCACGCGCGCAGUCGUUAGCUACAGCGGCGGCAACAACACCGUUUUCCCACUGGCAGAAGGGGAUAAUGCGAGUGUUGACUGGGCUGAUGCGUAUGGUGUUAAGUGCCAUGAUCUGGACCCGAGUGAACUGGUGCCGAGUGAGAGGAUGGUUCCGCCCGCGGCGACGAGGUUUUGGAGGGUGGAUUUUAGCUUUGGGAUUGGGGCGUAUCAGAUGGAUUAUGCAAAGGUUAAUGGCACGACCUGGAAGCCGUUGGAGGGUACUACGACGUUGAUCGAGGCUGUGGACGGGUUGGCUAUGGCCGCGGGUUCUGGUGGCAGUGGGAGUGGGAGUGGGUUUGCGACCUCUGGGGUGGUUUCCGGGUUCGGGGAGAAUCAGUUCGUCGUGGGCGUCAGCAACGCAUCCGUGGAGGUGGUGGAUGUGCUGAUAUACAGCUUGGACGAGGGGGCGCACCCUUUCCAUUUGCAUGGUCAUGACUUUUGGAUACUCCUGACCGGAUCGGGCCCGUUCGACUGGGCCAACUAUUACCAGAACAUCAUGCCCUCGAACCCGGACGUGGUCGGGAACGCGCUGCGCAGAGACACGCUCACCAUCGCGCCCUACGCCUGGGCCCUGAUCCGCUUUGUGGCUGACAACCCUGGGCUUUGGGUUCUGCAUUGCCAUAUUGCGUGGCAUAUGGAGGCGGGGUUGCUGAUGCAGUUUGUGAGCAGGGCGGAUGUGCUUGGAAAGAUGCAGAUUCCGGAGGAUGUCAGGGGGUUGUGUCGGCCGCCUCCGUCAUGA